GCUGAAUCAGGUAACAACACAUCCAUUAUGUGAGUUGCGAGAGGAGAGGCGGAGGAAUCACCGGGGCGGACUCGCGGAUCCUGUUCCUGUCAGAGUAUACAUACACACACACACAUACACACACUCUUUAGGCUGGUGUUCACGGACUCAGGAGCUCGAAGACCGGUCCAGGUUUGGGUACCGCACCGUGCGCUUCAGCGAACCCCUCCGCUGGAAUUAAGAGAAAUGGAUGAAUGAAAUUGAAAGGUUUCCCACAAACUUGGUCCGGAACGUGCACCCCGAACUCCUCUCCAAUGACAUCUGGGACUGGUUUUGCGUGCUCUCCUCCUUUCUCUCAGGGAUGGACCUGAUGAUGAGGUUAUGAAGGCAACUCAUGGAGGAUAUAUACAUCAUGAAGAAACUGCGAACAACCAAAAAUGUUCAUUCACUUUCUUUUAAGGGAUAUGCUUUGUGUUCUCACUCUAUGCAGUUUACUCAAUCAGGUCCAGGAAAACUAGUCAUGUGUCAUCACCCCUCAACAUGAGUCCAGUGGAAUAAACAACGAAUCCCAGACAGACAUUCUCUCAGUGGCCUGUAAUGCAACAGCAGCAUCAGACAGGAAGGAAAGAGCGGGGUGCACAGAGAAAGUAGUGGGACCAUAUGUGAUGUGAGUCACUGGUGAAUGGCGUCUGUUACCAAUGACCGAAUCGGAAAUAGAAAUAGCCAGGUUCUGGACCUCGUCAGACCUUACUGGGCCCCAGCCAGGGGGGAAGGAGAAGGGGACGUGACCAAUGGGCCUCACCCUUGACCGCAAACAUAAGGAUUAGGAAUCCAGACAAUGGUAAGAGCAAUGUUGAGAUGUCCCUUAUAAUGGCCCAAAUGAUCAUUCAGGCGGAUCGUCUUUGGUUAGUCAGACAUUAAUAUCAAUCACAAAGACAAUCAGAUUUUAGUGGGCGGUGAGACUGCUGGAGAGUAAAGUGUGUGUGUGUAUCCCUGGAUCCUCUGGGUGAUAGCGGGAUGCUGCGGAGGGGUCUGCUGGCCUGGGUGUCCCGUGUGGGCGUGCUAUUGGUCCUAGUGUGCUGCUCUCUGUCCCUCCUCUACGUCAUGACCUGCAGCCCCCACUCCGAGGACAACCUGGUGAGCCAUGCCCUGCCACGCCCCGGGCUGGGGGUAGCGGCAGCAGGGGGCAUAGGGGCGGGUCAGAGCGGACCCCCGGGGCGGGAGGACUACCAGGCCAUGCUAGCGGAGCGCGAGGAGCAGCACAAGCUACACAUGGCGAGUCUGAAGAAGCAGAUCGCCCAGUUAAAAGAAGCACUGCAGGAGCGUAGUGAGCAGCUCAAAGGAGUUCAAGACACAAUGGAACGGGCGGCAGGGAGAGGCCAGGGCGGACAGUCCCCAGGAGGAGGUGCCCUCGGGGAGGGGGGGCAGGGGCCUGGGGCUGACAGGAGCCACACGGACCUCCAGGAGUUCCUUCGCAGUCAGCUGGGCCGGGCGGAGGUCCACCAGGGGACCAGACUACCCAAUGAGUAUGCCGUGGUGCCCUUUGAGAGCUUCACCCUGCAGAGGGUGUACCAGCUGGAGAUGGGCCUGACCAGGCACCCUGAGGAGAAGCCUGUGAGGAAGGACCGGAGGGAUGAGCUGAGUGAAGCGCUGGAGACAGCCCUGCGGAGCCUCAACACACCCCGAGACGGAGCAAACAAGGGCCGGACCACCAAGGUCUACUCCCCAUCAGACUUCAUAGAAGGUAUCGCUCGGACGGAGAAGGACAAAGGCACUCUGUAUGAGCUCACCUUCAAAGGGGACCAGAGCCGUGAGUUCAGGAAGCUGGUUCUGUUCCGUCCCUUUGGGCCCCUGAUGAAGGUGAAGAACGAGAGGGUGGACACGGCUAACGUCCCCAUCAACAUCAUAGUGCCCCUCUCCCAGAGGGCCGACAAGUUCAGACACUUCAUGCACAACUUCAGAGAGGUGUGUGUGCGGCAGGAUGGGCGUGUCCACCUCACAGUGGUGUAUUUUGGGAAGGACCAGAUGAAUGAAGUCCGGAGCACUCUGGAGAACACGUCUAGCAACUCAGAAACCUCAGCCCCGUCUGAUGAAUAAUGUAGGAGUGUGGCCACCCAGAGGCACUCAGUGACCUCUGCCAGUGUCGGAUAUUACAGGCCUGGGAUCAGGGAUGACAGCGGUCACAGUGAAAUUAGUGUAUUGCCCGCAGAUACAAUUACAGGUCCAGGGUCAAUUUGAGAUCGCCUUGUGGGUGAAAUGAGUUCACGUGGUACUCUGGUACUGUGCUGAUUAUCUGGUAGGUUGCCAUGGAGACGCUGUGCCCACCAAUGGCCGGAUGGUUUGCAGGGGUAGAAAGAGAAAGAAGGAGAGAAAGAGUUGCACACCUCAUGCUAGGCUUUGAGCCGGUUUCAGAUGUCACACUACAGCUUUCUUUCUCCCUCUCUCUCUCUCUCUCUCUCUCUCUCUCUCUCUCUCUCUCUCUCUCUCUCUCUCUCUCUCUCUCUCUCUCUCUCUCUCUCUCUCGCUUUCUUGCUCUCAAUGACAACGAGGCAGACAGUAUUGUCUGGAAAGAGAAAUCUGAUGAGAGCCAAGGUCUUUCGCUCAAAGAUAUCUCAUUCUCAACAGCUCUCAUGUCUCUGCGAAUGGCCUGUGACGGAGUGAAUAGUUAAAGGGGGAAAGGCAAGACGGUGUCCUUGUGCAUUGUCUCUGAGACAGUGACCUCCGCUGCUAAUGUGUUGUCUCACUGUGCAAGGGAAAGAGCUGUGUUGGUCCUUGGAGGAUGUGUUUGCUUUGUUCCCAGAAAAUACCAUAGACACCGCCUGCGUGUGACAAGACGUAUGUUGACACCUGCUAUCUGCACAGUCUCGCUCACCUAGUUCACAGGCAACUGAGCACUACAGUCCCUCGUUCUUGCUAGGCUUUUUGUAUCACAAUUGCUCUGAUAGCGGGUAUCUUCGCAGCCAUAACAGUCCCACGAUUGAGCUCACAUCAGACCUGGGUUCAAAUAGUAAUUGUGUGUACUUUCGAAUGAUUUAGCUGUGUUUUGUGAGCUUGCAAAGUGCUCCCCAGGCAGACUCAAUCAAGCUCUUUCAAAGUAACACUAUUUGAAACUCGGUCUGCUACAGUUCAGGAUGGAGCUCACACGAUGCCAAACAUAUCUACUGUGUCAAUCGCGGUCUGUCCUCUUGUCACCUUAUAAACAGCUCUCUGUUGUCAAUCGCCAUGGUUACGUAACACUUCAUCGGACUCUGGAUCAGGCACUGUAAUCGAGCACGGAUCUCCUAGAGGGAAAGAUAACAACAUCCAAACUCCAAUCUCACCCUGUUCCUUUUUUUUCUGUUGAAUUGGUCUGAAUGGUUAUUGAUUUGUGUGAUGUCAAUGUCUGUUUCCAACAGCAGGCACCGGGUGGAUCAUUUGCUGCUGCUGCUGCUUCUGCCCUGACUAAAUCAAAGUCGUCCUUCCCUACCCAAAGACGAUUUGUGUUCAUAAUCAUAGGGGCAAGCUCUGUAUCCAAGUCAGUUAAAUCACAUCAUCAGAGUAGAGCGACAGAGCAGGUUGAAAUCGAGUUCAAUUCCUUAUGCUCUAUGUUAGUGAGCUGUACCAGACAACGAGACACGAUUAUCAUGUCGAACACGCUUCCCCCGCUAACUGUCCGUCACUCCGGUUUGAGAUGGACAGAGACACACCGAGCUGUUUGAAGAGUGGGGGGAAUCGAUAGACAUGAAUAAAUGAGUGUCCAUGAGGGAGCGAGGAGAGGAGAGGAGAAGAGAUGCAUCGAAGAAAAGACACGGCAGAGAAAAGAAGAGAGCGGAAGAGGAGAGCGUUUUGAGCCCAGGGUGAUAGCUGAGUGCCUGUGAACCACAGAUGUCCUCCGAGCAUAAACACCAGCCCAACAGCUAACAGCGCACAGUAAAUGCUAAUGCACCAUUCCUACAUCUCCACAGAGGGACCAGCUCCUCAGGGAGACAGACAAAGCACUGCGUCCUUUCAAAAACUAAAAACUUAAUCACAGGGUAGUGUAGGAUUUCAUAUGGAUGACGCAAUAUUUUGGCUUUUCAGGAAACUGGAAGCUGAUGUUGAUGUUCAUCCACGUAAAGUACAUUUAAAUCUGCCUCUCAUUAUACUCUGUCUUUCUCACACACACACACACACAGACACACACACACACUUAAAAACCACUUCAGGCCUGCGUCUACACACGUCUACAUUUUUUAUGACCAGUGCUGAUGAUGUUUCUUCAAAACAUUUUACUGAAUCCUAACUCUCCAGGGUCCUCCAAAACACUAGAGACCCCGGCUGUCAGACAAAUGGGCGGUGAGUGCUCUCCCUCAGACAUACAUACGCACACACACUCACACACACACACACGCACACACACACACGCGCGCACACACACAGGAAGUGAGACUCCUCAGGGUGUUAACAGUAGACAGAGAGGGGUCUUGAACUCCUAGUUGAAGAUUUCCUCUCCCUGGAGGCAGAAGACAGGACAGGGCAGACAGACAGACAGGAGCUCCUUCCUGUGCUUGUUUGACAUGGCAGUACUGAGGAUGGCUGGAAAAUGGAUAGAAGGAUGUAGAGGGAGAGAGAGAGAGAGAGGGGUGGGGGGGGGGGGGGGGGUUUCCCAGACCAGCACCAGACGGACAUACCAAACCAGGAUCACAAAAGGAAAUAUCCAGAGUGUGUUUUGGCCUGAGGCUUGGUGCUGCUUGAAUCACAGUGAAAACACUCCAACAAGCAGCCUGAAUCCUAAACGAAUCCCACUCCUACCCACUACUAAAGUGAUUUGAAUUCAAUCAUGUUUGCCUGCUUUUAAUUACUCUGGCCCACAUACAUAUUUAAUGUUUUUUUUAAUAUAAUGUGUGGUUUAAAAGGUAUUUAUCAAAUGCGGGAACAAACUCCCACGGGGCUUGGCAAGCAAUGUUUUAAUGUCCUAAGAAUUUCUGGAGACUUAAAAGAUUUUGUGCACCUUCAAUAAACAACAGCUGGCUGGGAAUUCUAGUGGCAACAUUUACAAGCAUACAUUCUGCACUAAGUAUGAGUUUUAGUAUGUGUAUGUGGUAGGCAUGCAUGUGUGCAUUUUUGCGUUUGUGGGUGUACCUGUGGGUGUCUGUGUUUCUGUCUGUCUGUAUUUGUCUGCCAGUCUGUCUGUCCGUAUGCCUGGGCACACCAACCAACACGGGGGGGAGUUCUGUUCUGGCCACACCAGCCAAAACGUGGGUGUAUCUGUGUGUGUCUACGCAGGAUUAAGCUCAUGUACACUGGUCCUAAAUCUGUUUUCUUUCUGACAGCAGACAUAAGUCGGUCUCCAUACAGAUUAAUCUGAAAUCAAAUACACAGUUGAUCUAUUCCAGAGCCCCCAGGAAGGAGAGAAGGAGCCCUUCCCUCUAGUUCAGUUUGGCUAGAUGCUGAUAGAGAGAUAAUAAGAGACGAGGAGAAGGACUCCGUACUGGGAAUAGCCUACAGGCUAUAGUGUCAGGCUGAACUACAGAUGCCGUAUCUUGAUUUGACCCAGUUUCUCACAGCAGGAAAAGAAUCCAGCAGCUACAGGAAAUGUGAAUUAUUAUGUGGAUUAUAAUGAAUGUUAUUUUUUUGUUGUUGUAGGGGUUGAUACAUUUUUCAUUAGGGCAAAUUCAUUAUGACAAACUGUCGGGCCCAAGUAAGACUAGCUGUCGCCAUUGGCGUCGAGCUAAUGGGUAUCCCAAUAAAUCGAAUCCAGUCUCAUAGUUUUAAGUGGAAAUUUGAAGCAUUUUUAAACCUUCAAUACACUACAAGUUUGCAUUUCCAUUAUGAUCAAAUUAAGAUACGGCACCUGUACUACAACUGUCACGUCGCCUCCCGCCGUAUAACUACCUUGGAGUAACGUCUAACCCUGCAGUGCAAAGCUAGAGAUCAGGCUGCAACCAUUGUCAUCUUAUAGCCACCAUUCAGAACUAUGAACCCCGUAAUAAAAGGCUCAUGUGUCAAGUUUCAAUAUUAUAUUUGAAUAAUAACUCAAUAAUAAAAAAUAAUAAAAACGGAUUAUGUUCCUCAUGUUCUUUGGUCUGCUGGUGGGCUACAGUUGAAUCUAUGGGUUGUCCCUGGAAAUAUUAUCCGGUUAUCUUCUGCUACCAGACCUGUGAAUAAAAUACACCACAGUGCAUCAUCAUUUAUGUCACAGAUGAGUAAUUAUGUUCUCUUUUUAACUGGAAAGUUGAAUUUAUGAUCCAUUUUGGGCAUGAAUAUGUGAUCAUGUGAGAGCGUUCAUUAAUAAUGUAUUAACAGCUUUAUAGUGUUCACAUCUCAAACAAUUAAUUGCAAUGUUUUCUUGCUAUUUCCCCCUAGUGCAAGGCCCAAGGUUAGGAAUGGAUGUAUAAUUUAUUCCGAUGGAUCCUGCUGUGUAUGUGUGUGUGUGUGUGUGUGUGCGUCUUUGAACUCCCAUAGCAGUCGUCUGUCUGUCUGUCUGUCUCUCUGUCUCUGUCUGUCUAUGUCUGUCUCUCUGUCUGUGUCUCUGUCUGUCUCUCUGUCUAUGUCUGUCUCUCUGUCUAUGUCUGUCUCUCUGUCUCUGUACGGUAGCAGGCUUGUAUUUGAGUUGAGCCCACAACGUGCCACUCUAUCCACAAGGGCCUAAUCCCACACUGAUAACGGCACAUCAAUCAGUGGUUGUUUACCGUGGGUGGAUGAUAAUAAUGCCUAAAGGAGGCAGUGAUGUCACAAAACACAUUUGUCACGUUGACAGAGUAAAUAGCACAUUAACUACGUAGGGCAUACUGUAGGUGCCAUUUGGGACCCAGCCAUCAUGUAGCCACUUUACAGACCUGAUCUUAUUAGUUCUGCUGUUGUCAAAGGGGAAAUUAGGUUCGCUACAGCAUACACAUAGUGUGUGUGUGUGUGUGUGUGUGUGUGUGUGUGUGUGUGUGUGUGUGUGUGUGUGUGUGUGUGUGUGUGUGUGUGUGUGUGUGUGUGUGUGUGGUGUGUAUUUGUUGUAGUUUAAUGGUACAGUACAAAGACAGAGCUGUGUAUAUUGUAUGCAGUGUCUGUAUUCGUACUCAGUUGGGCCCUCUGCGCUCAUAAGACCCAUUAGACACGGAUGAAUUAAGCCUGUCCCACUCCAUCUACUAAAUGAACUUUAAACCAAUGAUGCUAAUUCAUUUUUGGUCCAUUUCUUUUGCCACACUGUCUCCCUCUGUCUAGUAUCCGUUGGGUUCUGUCUCUGAAUCAACUCCGAUUUCAUCUCCAAUUCUGUCAAAUUCUCUCUUCCCCUCUCCCCUCUCUCUCUCUCUCUCUCUGCUCCAACCUCAACCUGUUUGCAUUUGAGUUUCUUUCGGAGAGGUUGGGUUAAAGCAGAAGACACAUUUCUGUUGGACAUUUGUGUAUAAAGGACAAUAAAGUCUUCUUCUUCUCUCU